GAUCCAUAAAUGAAUGGUGGGCUCGACGGCCACACCAUGCAGGACCGGCCUCUGAUUGGCUCGGUGCGCGGCAGGAAUAAACACUCUCGGGGUAUAUAUAUUGGCGUGAAGGUGUGACACUUCCAAGAAAAACGAGAAACCCCCCCCUCCACCACCACCACUCAAACCAAACCCCACUUCAAAAAAAGAUAAUAAAGAAGAAGGGCCGCCGCGGAGAGACAUUUACAUUAUUCUAACGACAGAUUUGAGGAUGAGGGCGCAGAUCCAAAAGGUCCCCCAGAUACUGGAGCUGCUGAAGAAGAAGUCCGUGGGGCUGCAGCACUUCAAACCCACAUCCUCCGUGUGCGUCCUGGAGGAGAAGGAUGCUGUGGAGGUGGCGCGCUGCCCUCACGCCGCCUCCAGAGCGCACAGCCUGGACGCGAUCCCGGGACCCACCAACUGGCCCCUCGUCGGGAGCCUGGUGGAGCUCCUCCGCAAGGGAGGACUGACAAGACAGCACGAGGCACUGGUCGAUUAUCACAAGAAGUUCGGCAAGAUCUUCCGCCUGAAGCUGGGCUCGUUUGAGUCGGUGAACAUUGGCGCACCUUGCUUGUUGGAGGCGCUCUACAGGAAGGAGGGCAGCUACCCCCAGAGGCUGGAGAUCAAACCCUGGACAGCAUACAGGGACCUGAGAGACGAGGCGUACGGUCUCCUCAUCCUGGAGGGGGAAGACUGGCAGAGAGUGAGGAGCGCUUUCCAGCAGAAGCUCAUGAAGCCGACAGAGGUGGUGAAGCUGGACCGCAAAAUAAACGAGGUGCUGGUGGACUUUGUCAGCAGAAUCGGGAAAACGAACGUCAGUGGAAAGAUUGAAGAUUUGUACUUCGAGCUGAACAAAUGGUCGUUUGAGACCAUCUGCCUCGUCCUGUACGACAAGAGAUUUGGUCUCCUGCAGGAGAAAGUCAACGAGGAGGCCAUGAACUUCAUCACAGCAGUGAAAACAAUGAUGAGCACAUUUGGCAUGAUGAUGGUCACACCGGUCGAGCUCCACAAGAGCCUCAACACCAAGACAUGGCAGGACCACACGGCGGCAUGGGACCGCAUUUUCAGCACAGCCAAAGUCUACAUAGACAGGAAGUUGAAGAGGAACGCCGACAGAGAUCCUGACGACUUAAUCGGUGACAUCUUACAUCAGAGCAACCUGUCUAAGAAGGAGCUGUACGCAGCCAUCACAGAGCUGCAGAUCGGCGGAGUUGAGACGACCGCGAACAGUAUGCUGUGGGCUAUUUUCAACCUGUCACGUAACCCCAGCGCCCAGAAGAAGCUGCUGGAGGAGAUUAGAGCGGUGGUGGCUCCCGGCGAGGACCCGUGUGGGGAGCACCUCAAGAGCAUGCCCUACCUCAAGGCCUGCCUCAAGGAGUCUAUGAGGUUGUCGCCGUCAGUCCCGUUCACCAGCAGGACCCUGGACAAAGACACUGUGUUGGGAGAUUAUGCCAUUCCCAAAGGAACAGUUUUAAUGAUUAACUUCCACGCACUGGGCUCCAAUGAGGAGUACUUUGACGACAGGACGCAGUUCAAACCUGAGCGCUGGCUGCGGGAGAACUGCUCCAUCAACCCCUUCGCCCACGUUCCCUUUGGCAUCGGAAAGAGGAUGUGCAUCGGCCGACGGCUGGCAGAGCUGCAGCUGCAGCUGGCCAUGUGCUGGUUGGUCAGAGACUACGAGAUCGUGGCAACAGAUAACGAGCCGCUCGACGUGAUCCAUUCAGGACUUUUGGUUCCCAGCAGAGAACUGCCAGUGGCCUUCAUCAAGAGAUAAGGCUCCACAUUCAUCUCUUCUGGAUGUAGUGACGAGAUGAUACCUCUGUUACCAACGGCCCCUGACGGUCCAGUGACUCCCUGUAUUGCUGCUCUGUAAAUAGAAAAGACAAAGAAAUUAUCAAUCAUGCCAUAAAUACCUCAAACGUAUUUAAAAAAAAACAACUAUUACUUAUGACUGUUAAUGACUGACCAAAAUACCAGUUGUUAUGUACAAAUUGAAUAUUGUACCAAGGCAGCUGUCCUUAAAAUCUUAAUGUAAUGUCCUCACGUCAUGUUUGUGAAUGUCAAACUAUUACUUUUUUGCUUUU